AUGUACGGGCGGCAUAUUCGACGGCUUUAUGAUUUCGUAAGGUCCUACUCGAUUGAGGGUAUCCUUUACCAGGCAGAUCACAACAUAUACGACAAUCUAUUGGCGGCAAGUCGAGGCUCCAUUGACGGUGUUUGUUUGGAUGCUUCAUUUGUGCAAGAGGAAGAGUGGUACUCCAUCUCUCAUGAGAUUUUUCCAACACAUGGCUCGGUAGAUCUGGAGAGAAUGUUGCAGGCAAAUGUGAUCUACAUUAACUCGGGGAGCUUCAGUGCAGAGUACUACAGAGAAGCGGAGCCUACUCUCUUUACGGGGCAUUCUUUGAUGCGGAUAGUCAUGCGCAUGGUGAAAGAAGUCCCUCAGUCAUUGUACACAUUAGUCCCAGGUCUGUCCCAUACUGGAACCGUCAGGCGAUUAAUCCAUGGAACCUUUUCUACUGCAGUCGUACCUCAGCCGUUGUUGGCCCCGGAAGAUCCAAUAGAAGGGUUGCAGAUUGACGUCGCCGCAGACAAAAUGAAGUUGGCGUUGCAAAAUGGUCUGUUCACCGGAAAUGACCAGGUGCCCCCUUACUUCUUUGCCAUGAUCAAACCACUUCCAGCUAGCGACAAUCCUCAUUCUUGUUGGCAAGGACCAACGGUCACGCUCGAUAUCCAAGCGCCUAUGGGCUGGGGGGCUCAGCUAGAUAUGUUUGUGAACUUGGUGGUGUACCGACAUCUUGUGGCAGUGAAUGCUACCGUAACGAUGCAUUUCGGCAAGCGCCUUCCGCCCAACUCGAAAGUUUUGGCCGCAGCACUCGAGAGGUACCAUGAGUGUGGCGCUGAAGUAGACGUUGAUGCCGACCCUUGCUAUCACCCAAUGUGCAAACGAACAGUGGUCCCCACAGAAUUUGAAUAUCCUCCUGCCUACUAUGCUUGA